AUGGCAGAGCAAGUCAAUGAUUCAAACUGGCAUCCGUUCAAACUUGACAAAGCAAAGGAAGUGGUAGACGAAGAGGAUGAUCAGCUGAAGAAGCUUAGAGGAGAGUGGGGAAAAGAGGUGCACAACGCUGUUAAAACAGCUCUGGAGGAGAUGAAUGAAUAUAAUGAAGUGGUCGCUACCCUGUCCCAGAACUUUGGAACUUCAAAGAAGGAAGGAAAGCAACAUUAA